GUGUUUCACAUAAAUAAGAUCUCAACAAGUCUGUUCCUUGAUCCAUCUUUUUAUUUGGAUUUGGAGUCAGAUGGCUUCUUCCGGGAAUCCCAAUCUGCAACCCCAAAGCGGCGGCGGAGGGUUCGGUUUGAAUAAACUGUUCAAACCCAGUUCCGGUCCUAUGCCGCAGCAUCUUCAAAACAUGAACGUAGUAGCAACUCCUCCAAGUCCCAACACUACCAACCUACUACAUCACCUUCUUUCCCGGCCCAAUCCUCUGCGCCGCCUCCGUCGCCGUACUUCACGCCUUCCUCCUCUUUCCCUCCACCUACUGGGACGUACCCUUUCCACCACCACUACCUUCCCUACCCUCCUCCCCCUCAGCACCAAUACCCCUUGCAUCCUAACCCAAAUCCACCACAGCCUCAUAUUAAUGGACCCAUUCCUUUUCAACCCCAACCCUCAGCACCCGCCACUUCCACUUCAGGAAGCAACGUUUUAAUGCCUUUCUCGGUACUCGAUCCCAGUCACAAGCUCCUUCACUUCCCGCUUCUGCCCCACCUCUUACUAUAGAUAUCAACCCAUCUGCUCCUUCGUCUCCCUCACCUGCGCGACUGUUGAGUAGCAAGGUCCCCAAGGGCAGGCGUCUAAAUGGAACCAAUCUCGUUUAUGAUAUUAAUGUGAGGCUGCCAAGUGAAGUACAGCCCCAACUUGAGGUCACUCCUAUUACCAAGUAUGCUUCUGAUCCCGACCUUGUUCUUGGUAGUCAGAUUGCUGUUAAUAGGAAUUACAUUUGCUAUGGUCUCAAGUUUGGGAACAUUCGUAUCCUCAACAUCAACACCGCCCUCCGAUCCUUGCUUCGUGGUCACACUCAGUGCAAGUGUUGAUGGCCAGUUUUUUGUAUGGAAGAUCAAUGAAGGCCCUGAUGAUGAAGAUAAGCCGCAAAUUUUUGGCAAAGUUGUUAUUGCCAUUCAGAUUGUGGGGCAAGAAGAACCGAAGCAUCCACGAGUCUGUUGGCAUCCUCACAAACAAGAGAUCUUGAUGGUUGCUAUUGGAAAUCGUAUCCUGAAAAUUGAUACAAUGAAAUUCACAAAAAUUGAAGGUUUUUCAGCUAAGUAACCUCUUAAUUGCACUGUUGAUAAGCUUAUUGAUGGAGUUCAGUUUGUUGGUAAACAUGAUGGUGAGAUUACA